AUGAUUUGUUUAACAGAACUGAUCUCGUCGAAUGUACUAAAUGGAUUAAUUCGACGUGGCAGAUCGUUAUUGCUACCAUCGAAGCUAGCCGGAAGCUGUUUCCAUGCAAUUACUGCUGCAUCUGCUUCAUCUUCUUUUAUGCACCGUGAUUUGGAAAUUAUCAAAGCAAAACGGGAGCAAAUGCGACAAAAGCCAGAACCGGGAAGUGAGCUGUUGUUUGGUCAUCAAUUUUCAGAUCACAUGCUUGAGAUAAAAUGGACAGAGCAGAAAGGUUGGUCUCGACCCCUAAUAUGUCCACUUCAUGACCUAGUAAUACAUCCAGCUGCAAAGGCUCUCCACUAUGCGGUUGAAUUGUUCGAAGGUAUGAAAGCAUACAGACGUGAUGAUGGUAAAAUUAAUUUAUUCCGCCCGGAAAAAAACAUGGAGCGCAUGUGUCGUACUGCAACUCGAGCUGCUCUGCCGACAUUUGAUAAAAAUGAAUUGAAAAAACUUAUUUGUGAAUUAGUAAACAUUGAUGCAGACUGGGUACCGGCGACAACUGCUGGCUCACUCUACAUUCGUCCAACUAUGAUCGCUACGGAGCCAACUCUUGGAGUAUCACAUUCGCAGCAAGCUUUACUUUUCGUAUUAACUGGUCCAGUUGGACAGUAUUACCCAACAGGAUUCAAACCUAUUUCAUUGUAUGCUGAUCCAACCUAUUGCCGAUCAUUUCCUGGUGGUGUUGGGCAGUACAAAAUGGGCUGUAAUUAUGCGCCAACGAUAUUACUCAGUAAAAUAGCGGCUUCAAAAAACUGUCAACAGAUAUUAUGGUUAUAUGGUGAAGAGCAAUGGAUCACGGAAGUAGGAUCAAUGAAUAUCUUCAUGUACUGGAAGAAUGAACAAGGAGAUGACGAAUUAGUAACAGCGCCACUGUACGAUGGGUUAAUAUUACCAGGUAUUACCAGAGAUAGCAUUUUGCAUCUGGUAAGGCAGAUGGAUGAUAUUAAAGUUACUGAACGCUAUGUUCGGAUUGGUGAAAUACGACGAGCCAUCAAGAAAGGAAGGAUGUACGAAAUGUUCGGCACUGGUACAGCAUGUGUUGUUUCUCCAGUGGAUCGAGUCUUAUAUAAAAACACGUCUACAGGAGAUUUAGAGGAAAUGGUAAUACCAACGAUGACCCACAAGCCCAACCUUAUGCAAAAACUUUACCAAACAGUGGUCGAUAUACAGUACGGGAAGAUAAAGAUGCCAGAAUGGACGAUGGAAGUUGCCUCAUUUUCUCAGUCAACUAUGUUCACUUCUUGA